AAGAUAAAGCUUUUAUAAAUUGAAGUAUUUAAAGAGGUGGGUAACUAUUAGAUGAUAUUCACUGAGGCACUGUAAAAAUUAACAUGAAAAUAUUAUUUUUCAUAUGUUGCAAUUGUUGUUUACAAAGAGUUAAAAAGCAUGCUUUUCCUUGUAAAUGAUUCACAAAAAUUGAUUAAUAAAAGUCCAGUGUUGCACAAGCGUUUAAACCAAAUGUUGACCUGGAAAAUCCUUGAUUGCAUGUUGACCGAUGUAAUAUGUGAUUCAGGUUAUAAAAGCAGAAUCAGUUCAAGACCGAGACAUUGAGGUCUCUAUUAAGAUCCUCUGUAUAAUCUUAUUUCUGUUGUAUCUUGUCAUAAAUAUGGACAGCUAUUAUUUUCUAAUACUUGCUGUGCUACACAGCUGUUUUGCUUAUGCGCAGAGUGUUUCGCACCCAGGAAAAUGCAGACAUGUCUACAGAUCCGAUGAGGUCCAAGUCAUUUGUGCGUCUGUUAACUUCAAACAGUUACCCAGCAAGGCCUUCCCAGGUAACACUACAGACCUCAGUGUCCACUCCAGCAAUUUAAGCUCCAUAACAUCUGAUGACCUGAAGAUCUUGUCCCAUCUGAGGCAGCUCAGUCUGAUCAGAAACCAGCUGCGUACACUACCUCCGGACCUGCUUUUUGGCCUGUCAAAUCUUUGUGUGCUUGACCUUACAGGUAACAAACUGACAGCUUUAUCAUCGCAAGUGUUUCAUCAUUCUCCUCUUGUGGAGCUCACACUCUCAGAUAACCUGCUCUCUGAGAUAGAUGCUGACUGUCUGCCUGUAAACAGCUCUCUCCAGAGGUUAGAUUUGUCAUCUAACAAAUUUACCCAGUUGCCCGUGGCCUUCCUGCAAAGACUCAACAAUCUCGAGAGCUUAGACCUCCGAAAUAAUCAGCUGGAGGAACUGACUCCUGGAGCGCUGACCUUUCUGCCCAAACUUGAGGCUCUGUACCUGGAAAACAACAGACUGAAGUCCUUAGAUGCAUCAGCAUUCAUUGGUAAUCCAAACCUUGGCCAGAUGUUCUUGAGUGGCAACCGUUUGGAGAGCCUGCCUGCUGGAAUUUUCCUCAAGCAGGACCAACUUGUUUUCCUUGACCUCAGGAACAACUAUCUGCAACCUGACACAGGUACGUUGGAUGGACGUUUGUAUGCUGUGCUGUCUGGUAAUCCAUGGCACUGCAACUCUAGUUUGGCAUAUCUAUGGCAUUGGCUGCGUAUGAAUAAAAAAAGAAUUUUUCAGGAUGAUAAAAUCACUUGUCAAACACCUGAACACAUGAAGGGUAGAAACAUCACUGAAAUUGCUGCCACAGAGCUUGGCAUCAAGGACUAAGAAAAUCAUAUAAUAAAAUACAUAUUUUAAAACAUGCUGUCACAGAUAUUUUUGAAAUCUUCUAAAUACAUUACAAACUGUGAAAUAUGAAAGAUUUACUUACAAAAUGAUCAGAAAUUCAUAUUUCAUGAUUGUACUAUGCUUAAUAUACUACUUUUUACUAGGCUACUCCAUCAAAUUUCAGAUAUACCUUUAAAGUAAAUGUUUCAACAUGGAGUAAAUAUUUAAUCUUAUUUAAAAAAAUGUUUGAACUCAAAUCUUCUCUAUUUAUAAAUAUUUUUGAGUUUCCAGUUAACUAAUUUGUGCUUUUAAAGCCGGUGGUCUGUCAGGACACCUGUUUGGCACUAUUUUUAAAGAAAGAAAACCUGAUGUUGGUCAACAGAGGGCACUAAACUCUAAUCAAAGUAAUUAGAGGUACAUACUGUAUGUCCUGAGGGAAAUGUCGUUUCAGAAAAAGUUAUUACAGUUUUUAAUUGUGUACACUUGUCUUUUAUAACCAUUCUGUCUGUUAUUGCUUUUAUUAAUACAUUACAAACUGUAAUUUCA